AGGGGUAUCUUCGCACCGUUGAGGAUCAGUCUCCAAUCGUACGCACUAGCAGCAGGAUCUGAGAGUGGGGUCUUCUUCAGCCACAGUUGAGCAAGCGUCGUCUUUCAGAAACAACAUCAGGAACACUAUGAGCAUUACCCUCUUCCAGUUGGGAGCAAUCGCUUCAAUUUUUCUCGCUAUUCACGCAAGGCCAAAUGAUAGACCUGGAUAUAUCGACUGUCUUGAUAGCAGUGAAUGCGGAAGAGGCAAAUGCUGUUCGAUUGGAAUGGGGAGGUAUUCAAUACCGCAGUGUUUUGCUAUGGGAAACUUGGGAGACAAGUGUAUACCCGAUAACAAACUGCAUAAAAUGACAACUCUUUCUUAUCCCGAUGGAUCAUCUAUGAAUCUGACGAAUUUCUACUUCCAUCAUAUAUGUCCUUGCCUGGACAAUUUGAUCUGCAACAAGGAUACGGAAACCUGCGAAGAUCCCUUAUUUGUAUCUUUCAAUUACAUAGAUUAUUAAGAUAUUUUCAAUAUCUAAUAUUGAAAUAACACACCUGAUCUCUCAGUUGUGAUUGGAACAUAUGAUGUGUGAAUUGACUGAUUGUUGAAAUCAUUAUAGAUUUGAAAAUAAAACCUUGUAGACUUAGAAUCAUUUUACUUUUUUAGUUAAAUGUUUUCAAAUUUUUGUGUGUCUGUUGAUUUCCUCAUGUUGAACAAGUGGUCUUUUAUAUUUUAAGGUUAAACUUUACCACAUUGAGGAAAUGAUUUUUUAUUUAUAUAUAUUUUUUAUUUAAUGCAGAUAUUCCAGCCAUAAUUAAACUUUUAUUACUUCUUUUCUUUUCUUUUCUCUAUUUUGCUCAAACAAUGAAAUUGUUUCAUAUAAUUUUCAUUUCCUCACAAAAGUUCCUUAACUCUUAAAAUGAACUUCAAGUUUAGAAGAUAUUAUCAACACAGAAUGGGAAAGUUUUAGAACCACUUUAUCAGUUUAUAAAAUAUGAUAGGCUCAUUUUAAUAAAAGCGAGCCCUUAUUUGUAAUAUUUAUACAACAAUUUUUAUUAAUGUUAAUUUAUCUUAUAGCAUUAUUUUUGUGAUAUAAUGAAGUGUAUAGGUGAUAAGAGCUUUAUUGUAAAUAACUAUGUAUUGUUCUAUUUAAAUAAAGUAGUUUGUAGCAAAU